AUGCCAUCUGUGCACUCCAGUCCAUUCCACCAAAUGGAAAAUUCAGCCUUAUUAUCAUUGCUUCAUAGCAGCACCAGCAAGAAGAAAUCAAAGAGCAGCACAGGAGGGCUCUUUCGCAUGUUCAAACUCCUUCCCAUGUUAACCUCAGGGUGCAAGAUGGUGGCGCUAUUGGGCCGACCACGAAAACCUCUACUAACGGACAGAGCCACCACCGGAACCCUUUUUGGAUACCGGAAAGGGAGAGUGAGCCUUGCCAUACAAGAGGACCCUCAUAGAAUGCCCAUCUUUGUCAUAGAGCUACCAAUGCUAACAAGUGCAUUUCACAAAGAAAUGACAUCGGACAUAGUCAGAAUUGCACUAGAAAGUGAGACUAAGACUCACAAAAAGAAGGUAUUAGAAGAGUUUGUUUGGGCAGUGUACUUCAAUGGAAGAAAGACUGGUUAUUCUAUAAGGAGAAUUAAUAUGACUGAUGAUGAGCUUCACGUUAUGCAGCUCCUGAGGGGGGUGUCAAUGGGUGCAGGUGUUCUUCCGAGCCCGUCCGAAAAGGAUACCGGAGAUGGGGAAUUGACAUACAUUAGGGCAAGAUUUGAGAGGGUGGUUGGAUCAAAGGAUUCUGAAGCAUGGUACAUGAUAAAUCCAGAUGGUGCAUCAGGCCAAGAAUUGAGCAUUUUCUUUCUCAGAGUCCAUUAG